AUGGCCGACCACCAGUUCUCCCAGGAGGCAAAAGUCUCUAAAUCGGAGAUGAAUGUCAAUGUUGAGAGUCAGAAAGAGAUCCCCGCCGAUGGUGAGGAUUUGGCCCACAAUCCGGAUCUUCCUGACUACAAUGCCCAAUAUGGUGUCAAGUCUGCGGAGGCCAUCACCCUGUCGUGGACCAAGUCUUCUCUCAUUAUAGUUUACAUGAGUAUGUGGUUGUUGUAUUUCAGCAAUGCCUUCGAGGCAUCAUUGUCAAACAAUCUUACGCCUUAUGUAUCCAGCUCAUUCAACGACCACUCUCUGAUGUCGGUCAUCACUGUCGUGACUCAGGUCUUGACUGGCGCUACCUACAUGCCCGUCGCCAAAAUCUUGAACAUCUGGGAUCGCACUGUUGGAUUCAUACUGAUGCUUUCGAUCGCCAUUCUUGGCAUGAUCCUCAUGGCAGCUACCAACAGCUUUGAGCUGUAUGCCGCAUCCAAUUGCCUUUACUCCAUCGGCUUCACCGGAAUGACCUUCUGUGUUGAUGUAGUCACCGCCGAUACUUCGACAUUGCGAAAUCGUGGCUUGGCCUUUGCAUUCACUUCAUCCCCCUACAUCAUCACCGCUUUUGGCGGCCCCAAAGCAGCAGAGACCAUCUACGCUGAUAACUGGCGCUGGGGCUUCGGCGCCUGGGCCAUUAUUCUCCCCGUGGUCGCUGCGCCCAUGAUCAUCAUGAUGACCCUGGGUAAGCGCAAGGCGAAGAAGAAUGGACUCGCCCCUCGUCAGAUUAGCGGUCGGACGUGGACUGAAAGCAUGAUCCAUUACUUUAUCGAGUUUGAUGCUGUGGGUGUCAUCCUCCUGGUCGCUGGGUUCAUACUUUUCCUUCUACCGUUUAUCAUCGCCGCCGAUGCGGAAGACAAAUGGAGAAGCGGCAACAUUAUCGCCAUGCUGAUUGUCGGAUUUGUCCUGCUUGUCGCUUUCCCCUUCUGGGAGAGAUUCGGUGCUCGUUCGCCGUUCGUUCCCUGGUCGCUGCUGACCAGUCGAUCCGUCAUUGGUGCUUGCAUGUUGGACUUUGUCUACCAGAUUGCCUAUUAUUGCUGGUACCAGCAGUUUUCCUCAUACCUGCAGGUCGUGUAUAAUACAUCCCUUGCUGGAGCUGGUUAUAUUGGAAGCAUCUACGACGUGGUUGCUGGUGUUGAGCUGUUAAUCGUCGGCGCUUUGAUCAGCUACACCGGUCGUUAUAAGUGGGUGCUUAUGUGGGGAGUUCCGAUGUACAUUCUCGGCGUUGGCUUGAUGAUUUAUUUCCGCCAGCCCGGAAACGGUAUUGGCUAUAUCAUCAUGUGCCAGAUUUUCAUUGCCCUGGGUGGUGGUGUCAUUACUAUCGGUGAGCAGGUUGCUCUGAUGGCGUCCGCCGAGCACAACGAUAUCGCAGCUCUCUUGGGUUUGCUGGGACUGUUUGGCUAUAUGGGUGGCGCUAUUGGAGGCUGCAUUGCGGGUGCUAUCUGGAAUAAUGUCUUACCAGGUGAACUUCAGAGGAGACUCCCUGACAGUACCGCUGACCAGUGGGAAGACAUUUUCGGUAGUCUCGAUGUCGCAUUGAGCUACCCCGUGGGUGAUCCGACGCGAGAGGCUACCAGCCUGGCAUAUGCGGCUACGAACAAGUAUAUGUUGAUUGCAGGUGUUUGUAUCAUGUCUUUGGGUCUGAUUUGCAUGGCAGUUAUCAAAGACCGCAACAUCAAGCACAUUAUACAGACCAAGGGCAUGCUUUUUUAA